AUGUCGGAUAUUGAUGUCAAGACAGAGAUUGACAGGAAAGCGAUGGCAUCGCGCAGCAGCAGCGGCGGCAGCAGCAGAGCUCGGCCGCCAGCCAAGCAGCUCGGCCUCCGGGAAAGGAGUGUCGCUGAGCGGCCACACGCCGGACAACCUCCCCGCGGAGCCUGCAGCCUUUGCUCCCUCCCCUCCCUGCCGCGCGGGCGAGUCCUGGCGGCGGCGGUGCUGGGGGGUCCGGCGGCGCGAGGACCCGUCGGCAUGGACCCCCAAGCGGCGGCGGCGGCGGCGGCGGCAGCGGCGACUGCGACGGCCACUCCGGCGCCCAGCCCGAGCGUGCGGAUGGCCGCGCUCGGAGCCGACGGCGGCGAGUCCGAGUCCGGCGCCGGCUCGGAGGAUACCUCGGCGGGAUGCUGCAGCGACACGUUCAGCAGCCUGCCCGACAUCGAGCACGAGAGCCUGGAGGACAAGCUGAGGGGGCUGGCGUUCAGGAAACAGACGUCCUAUCGGAAAGCCAUCUCCCGUUCGGGGCUCCAGCACUUGGGGCCGCCCCCGCCCGCUUUGUCGUUGGCCUCCAACGGACCCAGCAAGGAGCUCCGCAGCUGCAUGGACUGGACGGAGAACGCAGUCAACGGCGACCACAUGUGGAUGGAGACCAGCUGCUCGGGCGAGCUCUGCUACUUGGGGGAGGACGCCUGUCUGGUCAAGGCCUCGAAGUCGGCGCUAAGGAGGAAGUGCGCCGCCUGCAAGAUCGUCGUUCACGCGAGCUGCUUGGAGCAGUUGGAAAAGAUCAACUUUAGGUGCAAGCCCACGUUCAGAGAGGGAGGAUCGCGUUGCCUCAGAGAUAACCUGCUGAGGCAUCACUGGGUGCACCGACGCAGGCAGGAGGGCAAGUGCAAACAGUGCGGAAAGAGUUUUCAGCAGAAGAUUUUCCACAGUAAAGAAAUCAUCGCUAUUAGCUGUUCCUGGUGUAAACAGGCAUUCCACAACAAGGUGACGUGCUUCAUGUUGCACCAGAUCGAAGAGCCGUGCUCCCUCGGGGCGCACGCCGGCGUCAUCGUGCCUCCGUCGUGGAUCAUCAAAGUCAGGAAACCGCAGAACUCGCUCAAGAACUCGGCCAGGAGGAAAAAACGCACGUCUUUCAAGCGCAGGACGAGCAAGAAGGGGCUGGAUGAUUCAAAAUGGCGACCGUUCGUGCUAAAGCCCCUCCCCUCUCCACUUAUGAAGCCCAUCCUGGUCUUUGUCAACCCCAAGAGUGGAGGCAACCAGGGCGCCAAGGUGCUCCAGAUGUUCAUGUGGAUCUUGAACCCGCGGCAAGUCUUUGACCUGUCGCAGGGCGGCCUUCGAGAGGCGUUGGAUUUGUAUCGGAAAGUGCCAAACUUGCGGAUCCUGGCCUGCGGCGGGGACGGAACUGUGGGCUGGAUCCUGUCCACGCUGGACGAGCUGCAGAUGAACCCCCAGCCUCCGGUGGCCGUCCUUCCUCUGGGAACGGGAAAUGACCUCGCCAGGACGCUCAACUGGGGCGGGGGCUACACGGACGAACCCGUGUCCAAAGUUCUGGGCCACGUGGAGGACGGCUCGGUGGUGCAGCUGGACAGGUGGAACCUGCAGGUGGAGAAAAGCGGCGUCGAGCCGCAGCCUGAGGACGGCACCCAGAAGCUUCCUCUUAACGUGUUCAACAACUACUUCAGCCUGGGCUUCGACGCUCACGUCACGCUGGAGUUCCACGAGUCCAGAGAGGCCAACCCCGAAAAGUUUAACAGUCGCUUCCGUAACAAGAUGUUCUAUGCAGGAGCCGCCUUCUCCGAUUUCCUCCAGAGAAGCUCCAGAGACUUGUCCAAGCACGUCCGAGUGGUGUGUGACGGCACCGACCUUACUCCAAAAAUCCAGGAGCUGAAAUUCCAGUGCAUCGUGUUUCUAAACAUUCCCAGGUACUGCGCGGGCACCAUGCCGUGGGGGAACACCGGCGACCACCGCGACUUUGAGCCGCAGCGCCACGACGACGGCUGCAUCGAGGUCAUCGGUUUCACCGUGGCCUCGCUGGCGGCGCUACAGGUGGGCGGUCACGGCGAGAGGCUGCACCAGUGCAGAGAGGUGGUCCUCACCACGUUCAAGACCGUGCCCGUUCAGGUGGACGGCGAACCCUGCCGAUUGGCGCCGUCCACGUUACGCAUUUCACUGCGCAACCAGGCCAACAUGGUCCAGAAGAGCAAGCGGCGCACCUCGGUGCCUCUCCUCAACGAUAUUCAGAAGGUGUGUGCAGCUGAUCUGCGCCGCCUCUCUGCUCCCCCCGACUCCUUCUCUGUCCCUCACGCCGUUCCCGAGCGUCUGCGGCUGCGCGUCAACCGCAUCGGCCUGCACGAGUACGACCAGCUGCAGUACGACAAAGAGCGGCUGAGGGACAUUUCGGUCCCCGUGGGCAUCGUGGUGGUGAGAGGCGACUGCGACCUGGAGACGUGCAGGCUCUACAUCGACAGACUGCAAGAGGACUUGCACCAAGCGCCCUCCCUCGGCCACAGAGUGCACUACCAGGACGAGAGCCGGGGCGUGCGCAGGACCGGCUCGGGUGCCAGACUUUCUUCCAGCUGGAGCUUCUUAGAUUCCACGUCGGCUGAUCGCUUCUAUCGCAUCGACAAGGCUCAGGAGCACCUUCAUUUUGUGACGGAAAUUUGCCAGGAGGAGGUAUUUAUCCUGGACCACGACAGCCCCCCGGUGUCCUCGGGCGGCAUGCCCGACCUGGUGGUGGAGCCCAACGCCGGCGCACCUUUGACUGCUGAGGAACAAGCUCUGUUGACGGCCGCCAGCUCAGGGGAUCUCUCCAUGUUGUCGGAGUGCGUGCAUCACGGCGUCAGCCUGCUGGUGCGAGACGCGGCCGGCUGCUCGGCCUUACAUAAAGCCUCGCAGAAAGGACACGCCCAGCUGGUUGUCUUCAUCCUGCAGCGAGGGUCCAAAGUGCUUCUCGACUUGCCCGACAGAGAAAAAGGGGACACGGCCUUGCACAAAGCCGCCUCGGAGAAGCAGCACGCCGUGUGUCGGCUGCUGGUGGAGGCGGGCGCGUCGCUACAGAAAACCAACUUUCAGGGGAAGACGCCGGCGGAGCAAGCGGAAGGGGACUCGGAGCUGAGCUCGUACCUGAGCGGCCAAAUAGGCCCCCCGGCCCCCCACGAGGACUUGGAGACGGCAGUCUGA